UGGUCAGCUGACUGAGUCUCGACCAGAGACGGAAGAGGAAGCGAGACACCCCACUCGCUGUUUUUUUUCUUGUUCAAUUAAACUAGGUAGACCAGACCCAGCUGCUAUUGCAUUUGUGUCUAUGGGAUACACACCCAGUUAAGUAAGCCGGAACUGACCUUUUUUCAAUCGUAAAAGGCCUGACUGAAUAAUCUUUAUUUAUCCACCAUCUUUGGUCUCGACUCUAUGUGGAAAGGGGGUUACUGGACUGUCAAACACUGUCCCGAUUUCUUACUGUUUGUUGGUAGUUACAGUCUUGUUCGGUAUUGCUCUCUACAACCACAUUUGAGUCGAAGAAGUCUAGCCAGUUUGAUUUAUUCUCCAGUCUUGUUUUGUAAGGGUGAAGUUGCUCUCUGCAUUGCAGCCUAGUGCUGCUGAUGGUAUUCAAACACACAAUGGCGACACCCAGCCCCAACAACUCAACAACAUCUACCAGCCACAACAGCAAUAACGCAGGAUCUACAGGCUCACAUCACCAUCAAUCCCAGUCGCAACACAUAACAACAAUGAGCAGUAUGCAAGAAUCCAACACGUGCUGGAGAUGUCAGAGUGAAACAGGGUUUCAGAUAAACCUGUCUGGAGCUCCCCCAAGUAAACGCAAAGCACUGAAGUUAAAUUUUGCCAAUCCCCCGAUUAAACCAACAACCAGAUUCACUCUGAGUACAGCAGGACCCCCAUUCCAGAACCCCCACAUAGAGAGGCUGCGUACGCAUAGUAUUGAGUCGUCAGGGAAGUUGAAGACCGCCGGUGGCGAUUGUGACUUCACGGCUGAGGACCUAAAGGACCUGGGGGAGAUUGGGCGGGGCGCUUACGGCUCUGUCAACAAGAUGGUGCACAAGCCCAGCAACCAGAUAAUGGCUGUCAAGAGGAUUAGGUCAACGGUUGAUGAGAAGGAACAGAAGCAGCUGCUAAUGGACCUGGAUGUGGUCAUGAGGAGUAGUGACUGUCUCUACAUAGUUCAGUUUUACGGGGCUCUUUUCAGAGAGGGGGACUGUUGGAUAUGUAUGGAACUUAUGUCUACCUCCUUCGACAAAUUCUACAAAUAUGUAUAUUGUGCUUUAGAUGAUGUGAUUCCAGAGGAAAUAUUAGGCAAAAUAACAUUAGCUACUGUGAAAGCACUUAACCACUUAAAAGAAUACUUGAAAAUAAUUCACAGAGACAUCAAGCCAUCCAACAUCCUCCUGGACAGGAAUGGCAACAUUAAGCUUUGUGAUUUUGGCAUCAGUGGGCAGCUGGUGGACUCCAUUGCCAAAACCAGAGAUGCAGGGUGCAGACCGUACAUGGCACCUGAGAGAAUAGACCCAAGUGCUUCCAGACAAGGCUAUGACGUCCGGUCAGACGUAUGGAGUUUGGGGAUAACACUGUACGAGCUGGCGACUGGGCGGUUUCCCUACCCAAAGUGGAACAGUGUGUUUGACCAGUUGACACAGGUGGUGAAGGGAGAACCUCCACAGCUUACCAACUCAGAAGACAGGCAGUUCUCCCCCAAAUUCAUCAACUUUGUCAAUCUGUGCCUUACAAAGGAUGAGUCAAAAAGGCCAAAGUACAAAGAGCUUCUGAAACAUGCUUUCAUUCUGAUGUAUGAGGAGCGCUCAGUGGAUGUUGCCAGUUACGUCUGCAGAAUCCUGGAUCAGAUGCCUACUUCUCCCAGCUCCCCCAUGUACGUCGACUGACUGUAGAACAAGUAGAAACAGAAGCCUGGAACAGAAACAACAAAACAAUGACCUAAAGAGUUGCUUCAUCCCAUACUGCAGUGUUAAACUAAGACAGAAAAUGUACAAAUUAAAACACCACGUGUACUAAGACUGGUGAUCAAUCACAUCUGUAUGCUAUCAACAUUCUCACACUUUUCUCUAUCCUACACACACACUUACAUGUAAGUACAACUAGUAACUGAAUGAAUAUACCAUGGUCUUGGUUCACCUCGAUGUGAGACCUCAUCUCUAAUGUGGAUACAGUACAGUGAUUUAAAAUCUGGAAAUGUAUUUAUAGUGUUUAAUCACUUGUGGAAUAUAUGAUUUGGAGAUACUGGAAUCAUGCUCUUUGACUCUUCCCAUCUCUUCCAUGUAUGUGACUUUAAGAAUUGUGGUUGGUAUCUUAAAUGAAACCUUGCUUCUUAUGGUGUAAAGCAAUUUAAAACAUAACAGCAAUGAUCCUGUCCAUCAAGUGGCCUCCAUCCAAUGUUGUGAGGGUGCUGCCGUCACUUUGCAAUGGACUUUGUGCAUAAAUAAAGAGAAAUAAUUGUGCUUUGA